AUGGCGCUCCGCGCGGGAGGCCCGGCGCUGGCGCUGCUGCGGGGCCGCCUGCGCCUCCCCGGGCCCGGCGCCCGCGGGCACGCCCGGCUCGGCCGCUCCGGCGCCGCCGCGCAGCCGGCUGCCGAGGAGCCGGGGGAAGAUGCUGAAGUCAGUACCAGAAAGAAGACAUUUGCUGAAGUCCAAACAGAACGACUGGAUCAAGCUGAGCGGACUGUUUUAAUUAAGUGCCCAUCAAAACUUAAUGAAAAAAAAUUAUUGCAGUACUUAGCCAGUCAUGGGAAUGUUAAGAGUCAUUUCUUUUUUGAAAAUCGUGGCAUCAGUGCUUUAAUAGAGUUUUCAGAAAAGAGCAGUAUAGCCUCGUUGCAGGAUGCUGUUGGGAUCCCAAGUGCUUCAGAGCAUCAUGUUGUCCCAUUUAAAUCAAGACUUUUUACUUUCACACUGAAAAACCCAGUGAGUCAACACGUUGAAGAGACACCACUUCACCUCUCUCCUCAGUGUCACAUUCCAGUGAAAGACCUUAUUGAAAAGCUUUGUCUUGCAGACAGCAUAAGCAGUCAGAUGUACAUUCUACUGAAUGAGUAUCAGCUUACAGAAGAAAACAUCAAGCUGCGAUUUCUGGCCUGUUCUUUGGUUCGGGAUUUUGCACGUGCAUAUUUCCCUGACAGCACGGUAAAGCCGUUUGGCUCUUCAGUCAACACGUUUGGCAAACUGGGAUCUGAUGUGGACAUGUUUUUGGACUUCCGUGAUACAGGAAAGCAUGCUACAAAAAUGAAAAAAGGUCCAUUUGAAAUGGAGUAUCAGAUGAAAAGAUUACCAUCGGAAAGAUUAGCAACUCAGAGGAUUCUUUCUGUGAUUGGUGACUGCCUUGAUAAUUUUGGUCCUGGGUGUGUGAAUGUACAGAAGAUACUCAAUGCCCGCUGCCCUCUGGUGAAAUUUUCCCAUCAGCCAACAGGAUUCCAGUGUGAUCUGUCAGUGAGCAACAGCAUUGCAAUAAGAAGUUCAGAACUGUUGUAUAUUUAUGGCUGUCUUGAUUCCCGUGUACGAGCGUUAGUGUUCGCUGUACGAUGCUGGGCCCGUGUUCAUGGGCUUACAAACAGUGCUCCUGGUACCUGGAUUACAAACUUCUCCCUGACCAUGAUGGUCAUGUUUUUUCUGCAGAGGAGAUCGCCGCCUAUCAUUCCAACACUAGACCAGCUUAAAGAACUGGCAGAAGAAAAAGACAAGCAUAUAAUUGGAGGAUAUGAUUGCUCAUUUGUUAGUGAUUUAAGGAAGAUACAACCUACAAAAAACACAGAAACACUUGAUGUAUUGUUGGGUGAGUUUUUUGAAUAUUUUGGAAACUUUGAUUUCAGAAAGAAUUCCAUAAAUCUUCGAAAGGGAAAGGAAGUAAAUAAGCCUGAGUCGUCUCCUCUUUAUAUCUGGAAUCCCUUUGAACAAGACCUUAAUAUCAGCAAGAAUGUUAAUCAGCCACAGCUGGAGAAAUUUAUAGCUAUGGCCAGAGAAAGUGCCUGGAUUUUACAGAAGGAAGAUAAAACUCAGCAAAUGAUCAAUAAAGAACCUUGGGGACUGGCAGCUCUACUGAUACCAUUUGGAAAAAAUAAUUCCAGCAAGAUGAAGAAUAGGAUGAAAGGAAUAGGAAGUGAAACAAUCAGAAGCCUCUUGGACUCUUUAAAGUUAAAUAAUGCAAGCAGUCAACAAAAAGCAGUGGGAAAAUGACUUUAAGCACAGAAACACAAAAGCUAAUAUUCUGUUUUAGGAAUUGAAUGUGACACGUAGUCCAAAGAACAUUACUUUUAAUAUUUCUACGAUGGGGAAUGAAGAAUCAAGCAAUCUCUGUUUUUCAUCAUAAUGAUUUUUGUACAGGUCUGCAUUCUUUCUGUACAUUUUUCUUCUCCUUACUCCUCACUUUUCCAUCUGUUUUAUGAAUGAAGAGUAUUCAAAUAUAAGUUUUACAGAUGCAUUGUGGAAGUAGCCUUCAGUUAGGCACUCUUCUAUAAAAAAAGCUGACAGGAGCAGUAAGGAAAAAAGCCUUUGGGAAUUCUCUUGGCUAGCAUACAAAUGAUAUGCUAAUUAAAAGCUCAAGAAACAACCACCUUUCCACAAAACUACAGUCUGAAAGAAGAUAAAUGUGUUGGAACCAUUGUUUCCAAUCCAGUCGUGUUUUGGAAGCCAGUAAAAACGAAGUGCAUGUAUCUAUUUUUGCAGUUGUUUUCCAUUCAUGUAGAUAGUGCCAAGACAAAAUAAAAGGAAUGGAAUUAGAUAAUCGGGUGUGCAGUUUCAUACAGCAUUGCACCACCACAGCUCUCCAAGGAUAGGGCCACUGUUUUGUGUCGGAAAAGUGGGUUUGCUCUUGUGUUUACCACCUGAUUUAAAAUGUCUUUAGUUAGCUCUCCUUUGUUUUCUCUACCCAGGACUGGUCUCCACCCACACUUGUUUCUUAUUUUGCCUUCAGCUUCACUUUAAACCUGUAUUUCAGGUUCAGGCAGGGGUUCUUGAACACCCUUCUUGCUUCAUCAUUCUCCCCAAAGCUGCCGCCUACCAGGUGACAUCAAAGCAUUCCUGCAGAGGGAUCUGUCCUAUGCAGAGAUCCAGAGAAUCACCCCAGUCUUGCCUGGGUUUUCAGAUAUUUAGCAGAAUAGUGGCCGUCCCCCUUCCAGAUCAGUUGAGCCAGCAGAGUCAAUGCUUUUAACAUGUUGACUUGAAACAUUGAGUGCUCUUUGCAUCUGCCACAAAAAGAAGUAUUUUCAGAGGAAGGCAGAGAGGGGAGGGAAGGAAGGAAAUGGGAAAUGGAGAGCAGGCAAAUAUCAAACUUGAAAAGUACAUUUAUGAGUAUUUCACCUGUCUGGUUUGAGAGCUACUCAUGCAUUAGACUAAAUGGUAGCACUGUUAGCAAUUCCACAGAGUGUUUUCUUAACAGGAAUUCCAUGAAGGAAAUUACUGUAUUCAGAGAUAAUCAUAUAAAUGCAACAUCGAUUUUAUGAUUACUGUUUCAUUUUCAGUACUUUUGGACUCUUUAGUGUUGCACUGGUAUAUGAUCUUGUGUAGACUUUUUUCUAAUGGUGUGAUCUGAACAACUUAUAAGUGUGUUUUCUCUUUUCUCUGAUAUAUAUAUAUUAUUCAUUGCAAAUACUGUGGGCAAUAAUAAUGCAUACUUCCAAGUACUUGUAAAAUCUGGGCAAGGAAAAGUAUCUUCUAGCAGUUGGCAAACUAAAAGGUUAGACCUUCAAGUCAAUUCCAUAAUAGUUUAUUCAGAGUUUAAAAUAAUACUUACAUGUGUCCAUUUCUGAUUCAUAAAUGUUUUCUUAAAUAAUGACUCACAUAGUGAUUAUCUUGUUUGCUGAAAUUAAUUCUCAUAUUAACUUCUUCAAGAUUGAGCCUUGAUUUUCUACCUAAAUCCUGGUACUAGAACUUGUUUUUGGAGGCUAGUAUGAAGUUUAUUGUAACUUGCUAUUGAUGCAAACACAAAACCUUUGAUAGCAAGCUUGACACAGAUUCUGUAAAGAGCCUGCUGCUACCUUAAUCUUUGCAGAAGAUUAACCAAAUGGGUAAUAGUGUAAUAAUAAAAAUAUGGGUUACCAGGGACAGAAGCAUGCAGCAGAACUGUGGCAGUGUGUACCUAAUUGCAUUAUAUUCUCAGUGAUCCACUGACAUAGGUAGGAAUGAUUUUAUAGGAAUUUUGACACAUGUGUACAGGACACUUGUAGAAAAAUAAUAGUGAAUUUUGUAUUUUGGUUAUAUGGUUGAGCCAUGUUGAAACACAAGCUUAAUUUGUAAAUGGUUAUAGAUGUUCAAGCUGCUUUGUAUUCCUUAAAAGGCAGGGCAGAACAUGGUUACUGUACAUGCAGCGCCUUUCAGCAUCACUUUUCUGUUUAGACUGCCUGUCCCUUUUGGGAAUAGUUCUGAACCCUUGUCAUGGCUGCAGGCCAUUUUCUGAGAAGACGAGAAAGAAGCCAAAAGCAGUGUUGUAGUAGUGGAAUGCACAGGUUAUUUUUUCAGAUAUCUACUAGUCGAGGGAGCUGGUGACCAGGGAGCUGAAGCCUAGAGGCUGCAAGGAUCAGCUCUCAUUGGUGAAGUAAAUAAGCUCAGUAGACAGCUUUCCUAGAAGAGGCUGUAGCUGGAGGAGGUGGAGGGCUGACCAUGAGCUUCCCUAAAGUAGGAGUUAUAUCCGGGGAAAAGCUGAGUGAAGCGGAAGCCACCUGUGGGAAGAGAACCAAGACUUGAGGGGGUGUAUUUAUGAAAUCAAGAGAGAUGGUAUGAUUAUCAGUUCCUGAGGGCAGCAGUCUUAAAUUGAAGAUACUUAGAAACCAUCAAUAUGGUUCUGUCACUGAAAACAAGAGCUGGAUGUAUGUCAAGAAAACACUAUGAUUAUGAUCUAGAUUUGAGAGCUCAUUCAUAUGCUCCAGAAACAUCUAAACAAUGUCUCUGCAAGAGCAUGGCAGUAAGUUUUAGUUACUUCUCAAACUUGGUGUUGAUCUGCUGUAUUGUAUGGUAGGGCUGUUUGGGAGGUCACAGGUAAGGAACCCCAGUGAAUUAAAGACAAUUUUGCCCCUCUGCCCCUUUCCCUCACUGGAAAUACUUUUUAGUGCAAAUCUCAUAUUUCCUGGCUCUUAAAUGGUAAAGGAAACUGAAAACAUUCGGAAGUUCCUUGUCCUGAGAAAAUACGCUUUGGGAUAUUAACUUCAAAGUUAACAUUUGUUGCCAGGGAUUUUUAUUUCCCUAGAUGUUUGAUGCUCACAAGUAUUGCAGGAAUAGGUUCUGCUGCAACUGCCACUGUUCCUCAUUCCUCUAUAACUUCCAGGGAAUCUGUAGCCUUUGCCUGCAGUUGACUCCUGGGUGAACAUCGUAGUGCCAUGCUUGUGAAGAUGCAGUCACAAAAGACUUCUUGCUACAUUUUCUGUCUCGGGUUCUGUUCGUUAGACUUGGAAUCAUGGUAUAUUUCAGGCUGGGAGAGAACUCUGAACCUAGUCCAGUUGCCUUCUUAAGUGGUAUCAGCUGUGAGAUCAGACCAGGACUUUUUAUCUAGUCAGACCUUGAAAAUCUCCAAGGAUGGAGACUGCACAGCCUGUUGUAGUGCUUGACUGUCUCCAUUACUGUGGUGGGCUGGGCUGAAAUAUGCUGCUCCAUCAUUGUCACUCUUAGUGUUUUUUUUUUGGAUCCGGGAACAUGGUCUCAAUCAAAAUGCUGUCUACUACAAGUGUUCAAGCUGCUCCUUCACAUAGAAAGCCCCAAGUCUUCCCUUCUUUCUCUGUCUUUCCAGAGGAAUUCAUAUCCAUCCAUCACAUGCAAGCCCUCCUACCAUAGCUGUUAUUCCCACACAGCACAAGUAGUAUUAACACCACAAGGAGGUCUAGCUCCUCCUGCUUGUUCCCCAGGCUGCCACACAUAUGUAUCUGUACAUUUUAGUUGAGUACCUGUUCAUAAUAUUUUAUUAUUCUUGAGGUCCCUUUUGUUCCUGUCAUCCUGUAUCCUUUUCUCUCGAUCCAUGUCCACAAGCGUGGCAUAACAGGGGGUUAUGGUUGUUCUAUUCUUUAUUCUAGCUGAUUGCUUUGAUAUGGCCACUGUGCAUAUCCAGCUUACAAACUUCAGCUUCAUGACACUAAAUCCUGAGUAAAAAUUAAUUCCUAAAAGGCUCUGCAGGAAAAUAAGAGGCCUUGAGUAGCAGACUGGUGUAUUGCACUGGCAGAAAAGCCCCAGAAAAUACGGUGCCAUGCAGAGAUGGUGAUACAGGUGCAGAAUCACCUUAGGGUACAGUGCUGUGUCUCUAGAAGCUUGUUGCUUCCACAAGUGCAGUAGUGUGGUACAGGAUGCUGCUGCCCAGCAGAGCUUGUCCCACUUGGAUCUGACACAUCUGUGGUGCUGUGUCACUUCUAAGUCUAGAACAGUCAGGCUCUCAGCCACACCCUCACUCUGAUCCAUGCUUGUGCUGGUCAUUGAGGAAUUAUGUUCUUAGAACAGAAAGUCUUCCCUCAGAGAAACAAAUCUGCAAGUUCAUUUUAUUUUACACUCUCCAGAGGUACAGGCUGGUUUUGCUUAACAAAAAUUUUUACCUUUGGAGAAAGAAAAGGUAGACAAAGAACAUUAUUUAAAUAAUUUUGCAAACAAACUAGUGAAAGGUCUGUGCCAUGUUCAACUAAGAAAUUUUAAGAUUUCCAGCCUGGGCUGCUUUGGGGAUAUAAUGGAUCAACAAUUAGGAAGCUUUUCAAAGUAAUGUUGUUCACUGAAAAAUUCUCUUCCAAAUGCUUUCCCUUGCUUAUCACAAAAUUACCACCAAGGUUCUCUUCUAGUACUAAAUUCUUCUAAACAUCACGGGUAACUUGGGGUCAGUUUGUUUAAAACAAGGGUUAGGAUUUAUUUGAGGCUAACCUGUGCCUGGAGAUAAAAUCUCCUUCUCCAUAAAUCCUCUUAGUUGAAAGUCUUGAUCCACUGCUUUUGCAGACCUGUUUCUCAUACUUUCCUUAAGCAGAGGAUUGGUUUGCUUUCUUUUGCGGGACCUCCCUGCUUCUUUUCACCCUUCCCAUUGUCUUUUUAUUGUAUCUGACCUGUAAAAAAAGUAGUGUUUCACUUCCCCUAGUGUUUUGUGAAGCAAUAGUGAAUACAGCUGUAUUCAAGAAACAGGUAAUUUUCAAAAACGUGAUUUUUUUUUACUGCUUUGUUUCUUGUGUAGACUGAAUCUCCAUACUGCAUUUCCCAUGGCUCAUAGAGGAAUCAAUUAACUGGACUUGAUGGGUCUUACCUUUAUUAAACGUGUAUUUUUGGGAAGUCUCCUCUGUAAAGAGACUUGUUUAACACAGUCUGUUAUAUUAGAAAGCAGAAGUUCCCUGCAAAUUUUUGCAGGGAGGCGCUCUACCCUUCAGGAUUCAUUCCGUUUUCCCUUGUUGUUAUGGGGAAACCAUGUUCAAUUUGUUUCACAGAAUGACUUCAGCGACAGGUUUUUGUUCCCAUGCUGAGCUUUCUUGUGCAUACAGAUUUGUAGUCAAUGUAAACAGUGCAGCCCUCUACAGGAAUUUUGCAUGGAACAACUCCCAGAAUAUGUCUUGUAGGUAUUAUGCUCACAGCCCAACAGGGGAGGUAAAAGCCCCAGAAAUUACUAACGCAUAGCCUCUCAUUUGUGGUGCUGACUCCAUGAGAUGGAACAAUUUCCAUAAUUAUGUAUUUCUUUUUCUCAUGUCGGACAGAGAAAAGACAUUGCUUUCGGGCAGAGAAAAAGUAAACAUGUUAGAAGUUGGAUUGUUGGGGUAAAGAGCUGUAGUACUUACAUUCUUUCUGAAUAUUUCUAUCUGAGGUUUGGUUUUCUAAAGCCCUUCUCUAGGAGAAAUUUCUAGAGAUUUUUGGGACAAGAGAAAGAACUGGGAGAAUACAUAGAGGCUUUGUAGUUCAGGCAAUCAGAUAAAUCAUACUUACUAUUAGAUUAAUUAUCAAAAGUAAGUGCAUAGGGGAUGAUAGCACGGGUAACAAUCUGGCAAUAUCAAGUAUUACUGCCUUGUCUCUUUGAACCAGUUUUCCUGCCUCAAUUUUCUGUAGUCCAGUGGUGCACCACUUUCAUAGAGGGAUGGGAUUUCAGAGAGCAUUCUGAAUGGAAACUAUAGUAUCUAAUACAUGGGAGGGUGAGUACUUAGCCAUUGCAGUAGAUAAAAAGAAGCACUACCAACCAACUCCAUACUGAAAUAAGAUUCAGAGAUUUUUUUAUUCCAAAAUUAAAAUAUAUAGAAUUGUUCUGUGAAUCCUUAGGUGAUUCAUAGUUCUUCCUUUUUAAAAUUGUCUUUGGACACCAAUCAAAAAAGGGUUUGCUGUAAUUGCUUGAUGCCUGAGCUUGAAAAGUAAGGUCUCAUUUGAAAUGACCAUGAUCUGUUUUGUUGAGACAUUAAAGACCUUAGUGAUUACAGUUCUGCUCAAAACCCGGUGUUUAAGAGGGUUUGCAUUGCAGUUGGCUUAUGAAUCUGGAAUAUUAUCAUUUUCAGUUAUCCUAAGAAUGCAAAUGCUUACAGUUAGCAACAGACUUUAACACUUCUGACUGUUACAGUUAGGCUGUCAUGAUUUUAGUCCUUCUUUUUACUGUAGACAAAAUUUUCAAUCUUUGAAUUGUGUUGCAGCAAUUAAUUUUAUAUUUCUUCUAUGAGAUAAAUAAUAAAGAAAAACACGUCCUUUGUAUUUUUUCAGUAAGUUACUGUUCCGUUGUGCUGUUGAAAUCUUUGAUAAGAUAAAGAAUAAUGUAUCUGGUGCUUUCCUUCCUCAGAUGCAGGCAGAGAUUACUGAAAUGAGGAUGUAUUUCAAAGAGCAAUGGUUUUGAAGGUUGGUCUCUAAAUGCCCCAGUCUACAGAGCUCACCAAAGAAAACAAACCCCUGAAGAAGUCAAUGUCAUUGUCAGCCAGCUUCAACUUACCCAACAAACAUUUUUAACUUUGGGGAUUUUCCAAACACAACAAUUGUCAAACCAAAUGCUGUCAGGUCAUGGUUGGAGAUGGAGCACUUCUUGCCUUCCAGAAUCACUUUAUGAUUAAUAAUUUGUUUAAGUAAUUGGUGGUCUGUGAAGAGUAUGUCUCUGUCACUUACAAAAUACAGUUUCUAAUGAAGAGAGCAGAAAUAGCACUUUGGAUAUCUGACAAACUUUGUGAGAUAUCACUUAAUGGGAAGAGAAGAAUUUUUUUCUAGCUAGAUAUCUAAAGUUCCUGAACCCUGUCCUGGCAAAAAACUUGCUUUUUAUCCUUGUAAUUUAUAAAGAGGGAAUACAGACAUCUCUGUUUGUCUUGAUUUAAUUUUAUCCUACAUGUAUAGGGUUACAAGUAUGUGGCAGUUAGGCAUAAGUGAUAGAAUUUUAUGCUCCAAAUGCUGGUAAGAGAGAAGCUUCAGAUCACAUAGAUUAAUGCAGGCUUCAUUCAAAGACACCUAGUCCAAAUCUCCUACACUUUUUUUGAUCCCACCAACCAUUGCAGCAGAAGACCAUAAAUAUUAACAACUGCCAGCUGCUCAGUCGUGGUAGGGAUGACUUCCCGUGGGGUUAAUCUUUCUAAGUCAAUGGCAACCUUUAAUUGCCAAGCUGACCUAGGGACUUCUGAAGCCUGAGAAUGUAAAGAAUGGUUUGCCAUCUUCAUAUCCCAUUCCUAGCAAGACUUCUUCCCUCCUGAGUUUAGUAACUGCAGGACAUACCCCUAAUUUUUUUCUCAGAUGCAGAAAUAGUGAACAAUUAUGCUAUAGCAUGGCCAUUUCUACUCCUCAGAUUUGUGCAAUGUAUGGGUUUGCGUGUGUUUUUAUCUAGCAUCUUUAUUCUGGUUUUCAAAAAAGAUUGAUGAACUUUUUUUGGUUGUUUUUGUUGUCCUUGGAGUUUAAUAAGCUAGAGCCUUCAGAGCUGUGCUUCACUUGUUCCCAUGUUUUUCCUGGCAAAGAGUAAAUUUCAAAGCUGAGCCUUUUUCUGCUGGAUGUUUUUCUUUUCUGUGAUAAACACAAAGUAUGCAGUUGGUGUCAUGAGAGCAGUAGGUGCAGGAUUCAGCUGACACUUCCCAGCAGAAAAGUCUCCAUCUUGCCAGGCCUUUGAGGAGACAUGACAAUGAUUCAUUUUGGUGAUAACACAGUAGGAACACAAGUCCAAUUGUUUGCUAUGUAGGUCAGAAUGGGAUAUGUUGGCAUCUCUGUUUGCAGACUUUACAAUGAUGUCUGGGAAUGGGAAGCAUGACAGCAAAAAUCCUAUUCUGAUAUAACUUAAAUUGUUCUGCUGGAAGUAGUCUAUGAACAGUUUGCUGUCAAAUACUUGCUGUCUAGCUAGCAGAGCUGGACAUUGUCUAUAUAUGAGGAGGUUUAAUUUUUCACAUUAAACAGCUCAUUUACUCUUAACCCAAGCUCUGCAAUUAAAGUCUGUCUCUGUGCCAAGAAGAAGGCCCUUAGAAAUACUCAGUCUUGCUGUUCCAGUGUGAGUUCCUUACAAUGGUUGAUGUACAUGUACAUUAUGUACCUAAAAAUCAGAGGAAAUUGACAGUUAAUUUGUUUAGCUCAGGACUUUUCUUGCACCCUUGUGCCUUUUAAUGUCUGUGCUUCAGAAACUUGUUCAGCAGUCAGUUUGGGUUUUGCUUGUUCAGUCAAAACUGGCUUUGGGAAUGUAAUUUUUUGUAACACAUUAAAACAUUUUGCUGCACACCCAUUGCACAUCAUGCAGGAAAUGACAUGCCUUUUUAUGGGAGUCUUCAGUUCUCCCCUGAUGUCUGUUCCUUCUAGGAAAGCCUCUGGUUGUUGAAGAUGACGAACAAAGCUUUUCUCUUUUUCCCUAUGUGAGUGAUCCAAUGGAGGGCCCUGGGACUGCUUUUGUUUGGUAUGUUUGGAUGGUGUCAUUGAACUCUUUGGACCAGGCGUGUCCCCUGGCUUGUGCCUUUGCAAACACAUCAUGUUCUCACUUCCAGGCUUGUCCCUCUGAUCCUCUGUGUUCAUCACCUACAUAAACAGCAGCAUUACUGCUAAUUCUGCUCUACAGCUAGGAGAAGCUGAGGCACCUUCCUAUUUUGAGGAGAACUUUUUCCCAAAUGAUUCAUCUCCUUUAAAUUAACUGUCAGUUUCUUCUCAUAUCAGGGGGAGAAAUGUGAAAUACCUUACAACAUUGCUCAAAUAUAUGUUGUGACAAACAUUACAGCCAAAACCAUACUUUUUUUUUUUAGGUUCUUCACCACAUAAUAUUCAAGGAAAAAUAUUCUCUUUGUCACAUGUCUUGAGAGCUGAAUCGAUUUUUUGAAGCAUUUGGAGGUAGUGUUGCAAGAUGGGAGAUCAGACCAUGUACUAUUUUUUUCUUUUUGAAAGAAGGAAAUAAAUCCUAAAGGCUGGACAUAAUGUUGUCUGUGA